GGAGUUUGGGUAUCAUGGGAAAGGUGGGGACCUAGAAAAAAAAAAAGCCUUAUUUAUUAUCAUUUUCCCCACUGUUGGCAUGGCAACACAGGCGUAUGUUACUGAGCUACAGGCAGCUCCGCAACCAUCCCAGCCGCCACAGGCCCCACCACAGGCCCAGCCUCAGCUGACACCACCACCGCCAGCAGCGCCCCAGGCUCCCCAGCCACCCACCGCUACCACCCCUCAGCCCCAGUAUGUCACGGAGCUUCAGAGCCCCCAGCCCCAGGCACAGCCACCGGGUAGCCAGAAGCAGUACGUGACGGAGCUCCCGGCCGCCCCCACGCCUUCACAGCCAGCCGGUGCACCCACCCCGACCCCGGUAUCCCAGCAGUACAUCGUGGUCACCGUCUCAGAAGGCACCAUGCGGGCCAGCGAGACUGUGUCAGAGGCCAGCCCAGGCUCCACAGCCAGCCAGACCGGCGUCCCCACUCAGGUGGUUCAACAAGUACAGGGCGCCCAACAGCGACUGCUGGUUCAGACAAGUGUGCAGGCCAAGCCAGGCCAUGUGUCACCUCUCCAGCUCACCAACAUCCCUGUGCCCCAGCAGGCUCUUCCCACACAGAGGCUGGUGGUGCAGAGCGCUGCCCCCAGCAGCAAAGGCAGCCAAGUCUCCCUGACGGUGCAUUCACCAGCUGAGCGGUCACCGGUGCAGACCAACAGCUCCAGCAAGACAGCCGGGGCCCCCACAGGCACGGUGCCACAGCAGCUGCAGGUCCAUGGUGUCCAGCAGAGUGUCCCCGUCACCCAAGAGAGGUCUGUGGUCCAGACCACUCCCCAGGCACCCAAAGCCGGUCCUGUGCAGCAGCUCACAGUGCAGGGGCUCCAGCCUGUCCACGUGGCCCAAGAGGUGCAACAGCUCCAGCAGGUGCCUGUGCCACACGUGUACUCCAGCCAAGUGCAGUAUGUGGAGGGCGGAGAUGCCAGCUACACGGCUAGUGCCAUCCGCUCCAGCACCUACUCCUACCCAGAGACACCGCUAUACACGCAGACAGCGGGUACCAGCUACUAUGAGGCUGCGGGCACAGCUGCCCAGGUCAGCACUCCUGCCACUUCCCAGGCGGUGGCCAGCAGCGGCUCUGUGCCCAUGUACGUGUCUGGCAGCCAGGUCGUCGCCAGCUCCACCAGCAGCAGUGGAGGGGCCAGCAACAGCAGCAGUGGCGGAGGCAGUGGCGGUGGGGGAGGCAGUGGUGGGGGCAGUAGCGGUGGUGGCAACAACAGCAGUGGCACUGCAGCUGGCACCUACGUGAUCCAAGGUGGCUACAUGCUGGGCAGUGCCAGCCAGUCCUACUCCCACACCACCCGUGCCUCUCCAGCCACCGUCCAGUGGCUUCUGGAUAACUAUGAGACAGCUGAGGGCGUGAGCCUGCCAAGGAGCACUCUCUACUGCCACUAUUUGCUGCACUGCCAGGAGCAGAAGCUGGAGCCUGUCAAUGCCGCCUCCUUCGGCAAGCUCAUCCGCUCUGUCUUCAUGGGCCUGCGCACACGACGUCUCGGCACCAGGGGCAACUCCAAGUACCAUUACUACGGCCUGCGCAUCAAGGCUAGCUCGCCCCUGCUGCGACUAAUGGAGGACCAGCAGCAUAUGGCCAUGCGGGGCCAGCCCUUCUCACAGAAGCAGAGGCUCAAACCGAUCCAGAAAAUGGAGGGCAUGACCAACGGUGUGGCUGUGGGGCCACAGCAGGCCACUGGACUUUCAGACAUCAGUGCGCAGGUCCAGCAGUACCAGCAGUUCCUGGAUGCCUCCAGGAGCCUCCCCGAUUUCUCAGAGCUCGACCUCCAGGGCAAGGUACUACCUGAGGGCGUGGGGCCCGGGGACAUCAAGGCUUUCCAGGUCCUGUACCGGGAACACUGUGAGGCCAUCAUUGACGUCAUGGUGAACCUGCAGUUCACCCUGGUGGAAACCCUGUGGAAAACCUUCUGGAGGUACAACCUCAGCCAGCCCAGCGAGGCACCGCCGCUGGCUGUGCAUGAUGAGGCGGAGAAGCGGCUGCCCAAGGCCAGCCUGGUGCUGCUUUCCAAGUUUGAGCCUGUGCUUCAAUGGACCAAGCACUGUGACAACGUGUUGUACCAGGGCCUGGUGGAAAUCCUCAUCCCUGACGUGCUACGGCCCAUCCCCAGUGCCUUGACUCAAGCAAUUCGAAACUUUGCCAAGAGCCUAGAGAGUUGGCUCACCCACGCCAUGGUCAAUAUUCCUGAGGAGAUGCUUCGGGUGAAGGUGGCUGCGGCUGGCGCCUUUGCACAGACGCUGCGGCGCUACACCUCGCUGAACCACCUGGCGCAGGCGGCCCGUGCUGUGCUGCAGAACACGGCGCAGAUCAACCAGAUGCUAAGCGACCUCAACCGUGUGGACUUCGCCAACGUGCAGGAGCAGGCCUCUUGGGUGUGCCGCUGCGAGGAUCGCGUGGUGCAGCGGCUGGAGCAGGACUUCAAGGUGACACUGCAGCAGCAGAACUCACUGGAGCAGUGGGCAGCCUGGCUGGAUGGCGUCGUGAGCCAGGUGCUCAAACCUUACCAGGGUAGCGCUGGUUUCCCCAAGGCCGCCAAGCUCUUCCUGCUCAAGUGGUCCUUCUACAGCUCCAUGGUGAUUCGGGACCUGACCCUUCGCAGCGCGGCCAGCUUCGGCUCCUUCCACCUCAUACGGUUGCUCUAUGAUGAGUACAUGUACUAUCUAAUCGAGCACCGCGUGGCCCAGGCCAAGGGUGAAACCCCCAUCGCUGUCAUGGGCGAGUUUGCAAACCUGGCCACCUCACUGAACCCCCUGGAUCCGGACAAAGAUGAAGAGGAGGAAGAGGAGGAGGAGAGCGAGGAUGAGCUGCCUCAAGACAUUUCGCUGGCGGCUGGUGGCGAGUCGCCUGCGCUGGGCUCCGAGGCCUUAGAGCCACCAGCCAAACUGGCACGGACUGAUUCGCGCGGCCUCUUUGUCCAGGCUUUGCCCUCCAGAACCCGCCGCUGUGCCCAGGUGCCCCUUGUGGCAGCCCGCUAG